CCUGAAAAGCAAAUGACAAAGGUGAACAAGGUGGGAGGAAUAAUCACCAUACAUCUUGUCGUAGCUACCAUGAGGCCUAUAAAGACACCAAGUCAAACACAUUGAGACACUUGAGGCCUCAACUGACUGAAGGAACGCAAUCAAGCCGGCGCUUUAUCUUUGAGAGUAUUGUUUACUUGAAAAUAACAUGCUGCUGCUAAUCCUGCUUCAACUCCUGAUCAUUGCAUCCACAAAUGCUCAGAGUAGCACACCAACAGCCACUGCCCUCACCACACCCAAUGUUGCCACUUCAAAUGCAGUAACCACUGCUGGUAUCGCAGCAACUGGCAGCGCUGUAACCACAGCAAACAGUGCUGCAACUACGGCUAACAAUGCCGUGACUGGCAACACAGCAACAGGCAGUGCAGCGACCACAGCUGGCAAGGCAGCAACUGGCAACGCUGCUUCUACUGCUAGCAAUGCUGUGACUGGCAACGCAGCAACAACAGCUAACAAUGUUGCGACUGGCAAUGCUGCUACUACUACUAUCAAUGCGGUGACUGGCAACACAGCAACAGGCAAUGCAGCGACCACAGCUGGCAAUGCAGCAACUGGCAACGCUGCUACUACUUCUAACAAUGCUGUGACUGGCAACACAGCAACAACAGCUAACAAUGCUGUGACUGGUAACACAGCAACAGGCAAUGCAGUGACCACAGCUGGCAAUGCAGCAACUGGCAACGCAGCAACAACAGCUAACAACGCUGCGACUGGCAACACAGCAACAACAGCUAACAAUGCUGUGACUGGCAACGCAGCAACAACAGCUAACAAUGCUGCGACUGGCAACGCAGCAACAACAGCUAACAACGCUGCGACUGGCAACGCAGCAACAACAGCUAACAACGCUGCGACUGGCAACACAGCAACAACAGCUAACAAUGCUGUGACUGGCAACGCAGCAACAACAGCUAACAAUGCUGCGACUGGCAACGCAGCAACAACAGCUAACAAUGCUGCGACUGGCAACGCAGCAACAACAGCUAACAAUGCUGCGACUGGCAACGCAGCAACCGGCAAUGCGGCAACCACAGCUGGCAAUGCAGCAACUACAUCUGCCAACGCAGCGGGCGGCAACACCGGAGGCGUGACAACGGCAGCGAUAACAAGUGUAAACAACGCAACCACAACAAGUGCUGCUGUGGCCUCCACCCACAUAGGCGGCGUGCUUAUAUGCCACCUCGGCGUGGCACUCUUUAAACUGUACACAAUGUAAACCCGCUGGUGUUGUUGAUUUAACUUAAUAUAAUACAAAACUCACAUUGAUAGGUCUGAACAAAGACAUGGAUGAUACUGUUUGUUUUACAGUCUUUAAACAGUUGAAUACAGUGGUACCUCUACUUAGGAAAUUAAUUGGUUCUGGAAGUAGUUUCUUAACUUGAAAAUUCUGUAAGUAGAGACGCGUUUUCCAUGUAAAUGCCCUAAUCUGUUCGUAAGCCCCAAAAUGCAGACGAAAACCUUUAAUAAUGCAUAAAAAUGCAUCAAAACAUAAAACAAAUACAUGUUACAAUUAGAUUAUUGUACAAUAAACAUAAAAUCUGAGUUGUGCAUAAAGCUGCUGACCCACCUCGGAUUAAGCAGCACAUGAUGGACGGACGGAUGGAUGGAUGGAUGGAUGGAUGGAUGGAUGGAUGGAUGGACAUUCAUGUAAAGCUGUCGGAACACGAGGGGCAAAUGAAGAGGAUGCUGGGAUACUCACAUACAUAUACAGUAGAGGUCCCUCUUAGCAAAUUGGAUGCCAGGAAUGCUAGGCAAUAGCCAAUGGCAGAGCAGAUAUAAGUACUGUAUGUUGUGUUAUGUAAACUCUAGGAGCUGCGAGUACCAGCCAUAUUGUAUUUUUGCCUUUUGUAUCCUGAAACUUCUUUCUUAACAAGAGGCAACAUAUUCCAGUUGAUGCGUGUUUUAACCUAAAAAUUCUGUAUGUAGAAAUGUUUUUAAGUAGAGGUACCACUGCAGUUUUGAUCAUUUAUUAGUAACUAACAUAUCAGUUAAGCUAAUGUACAAGUUAUGGGCAAGUUUUUUUGUUUGUUUGUUUGUUACCACUGCUAUUCACAUUUGAAAAUGUGUAAUUCUGUAAGUAUUCUAAAGAGCAAUGUUGUACAGUGAAUGUAAUUUAUUUAAUAUGCAAUAAUGAAAAUAAAUAUUUCAUUUCAUUACAGAAA